AUGGGGAAGAAGGCCGAUCCAAAGGCUAAGGUCACAGCUGCCAAGAGCAAGGCUGUUGCAAAGCCUGCCCUCAAGCAGGCCAAGGGCAAAGCCCAGCCGAGCACAAAGGCAGCACCCGCCCCAGAUCCCGAUCAUGGUCGGCAACAGCUGUCUAGUUUCGUGACAGCAAUGAAAUACAAGAUCAACCACGGCCAGAACAAGGAGCACAUGACCACGGCUCAGAAGCUGCUAGAGAUGUACAACAACCUUGACAAUGAUGGGAAGCGACAGAUGGCCAAGCAGUACAGCGAGCACGGGCCCAAGGAUCUCUCCUGGGCUGCGACCUAUAUCGAGAGCAACACGCACGACGAAGUGACUGAGCGGGCGAAACUCAGAGGAAUGCUCAGCCGCAAGCAAAUUUUGGAGGCCGAAGGGAUCGACACCGACGGCAUGACCGUCGACGAAAAAGAAGCCUGCCUGAAGGAGCUCCUGGAGAAGUUGUGGGCAAGGCUCGCCACGUGCCCGGAGCGAGACCCAAAUCUCAUCCAGAAGCACUCCAACUUGGCCAUGCAAAAAUAUUAUUAUGAAUAUGACGAUCUACUCAAGGAAAAGAUCGAGGACAGGAACUCCAAGUCGAUGAGUGUGUCAGCUACCGGUUGGAACAUGGAAAGGGUCUCAAAAAUGAUCGCCAACAAUCCGGCCUCGGACCCCAACAUCAAGGUGGAGAACCCGUGGCAUGCGGAGCUGAUGGCCAAGGUGAAGCCAGUGUGGUCAGCGAAGGCAAAACUCGAAAGAGAGGAGACAGCUCUCAAGGAUAUCCUCUGUGAGUUCGCUGUGGCAGUCGCCGGGAAGCCAGGGUUCACCAAGGUGGUGGACGAUUACGAGAACAAGAUGGCUGUCCUGCACGAUUACUUGUUGCAGCUUCGCAAAGCAUAUGCCGCAGUUGGUAAGAUUGCAGCCAGUGAUCAAGACGAGUGUGCCAAAGCCCUAGCCACAUGGACCACGUUCGGGGACCAGAUGCUGAUUCACCAGGAGGGUGCGAAGCAGAUGAAAUCCGGUAUGAAAGCUUUCACCUAA